GCUCAGUGACGUCAUCGGCUCGAGUCGAGUUUGACAGCUGAGCUGGAAAAGCAGACAGAAGUCGUCCGAAAACGAGGAAAAUCGGCAUUCGGACAAUGUCCGUACGUGUUGAGACGCGUCCUUAGAGGUUGGCAAUUGCAGACAUGCUGUCCAACGCAGGAUUUGUGUCCGUUUCUCUGCUUCUGAUCACUCAUCACGUCGGAGCGAAACUGUUUGAGGACUGUGAAGUGGACAUCACGGACAACGGUCCUGCCGUUUUGGGCGCCACGAUCACCUUCCGAGCAGAGCUCAGGUGCGGCGGAAUUCACAAUUCGGCCACAAACUACAAAUUCUCCUUCCGAGACAACGGGAUCAACGCCCACUACUUUGAGUCCGAGGGCAACUCGACGGUUCGGUACUGGAACGUGACCUACGACAAGAACGGAGGCUUUGUCCCGGGGCCGUACAUCGCCGAGGUCAAGGUCGAAAAGCAGUUCAUCGUUUGGUACACGAUCACCAGUCAGCGCAAAGUCUUUUAUGUCACAAACAAUUUGAACAUAGAGCUGCAGGUGCUGCAGAACAACGAGGUGGUUCCUGAGAAGUUUGUGCGGAACACGACGGUGGUGCGGCACAGGGUGGUCUUCAGCGAGCCGGACGCGGCGUUCCUGGCCAGGAACGCCACCCAGGUCAUGACCUACUGGUUCGUCGACUGCGUCUUCUACGGCCGCUCGGCCAACAACACGUUUGAGUUCGACUACUCGGGCCCCGACCAGGAGCACAACGUCGAGGCGCUCGUCCUCGUCUCCUACGACCCUCUCCCCACCCCCGCCCCUCCCACCACCACCACCACCACUACGACAACAACCACAACCACCACCAAACCAACAACAACAACCACCUCGAGCACCACCACAACCACAAAGCCAACCACAACCACCACCCACAAGUCCUCGACGGUGAAGAGUCGAGGGGCCAAGGUCGUUGACCUCGAUACUUAUGUGCCCAAUAUCUGCCUGAACGACACCGUGGUGCCCCCUGACCCCAGCAAGACAGUCGGAUACGCCCACAGGCUUCUCGAGAGCAACUCGCCAGUGUUCAAUGUGACCAUCGACGGAAACUACUGGAUCAAAGAGGGGCAGGUUUUGAAUCUCAAGGUCAGGUGCGCGGGGUCGUCGCCCUUCAGGCACUGCCUCUUGUACCACCCUGGCAGUUACAAUGUUACAGGGAAUGAAACUUGUGACGGAACCGAUGUCACCGAGUUUUGCGAUUUCCCAAUCACAAGACUGCUGUACAAGCAGAAAACCGUGACCAUCGUGAUGGUCAUCAAGAACAACGUGGCCAAAGUUGUCCAUCCGGUCACCAUCAACAUUUACGAAGUCAAGAAGCAGCCGCAGCUGUCGGUGAUCAUAGUUCCGGUGGCGUUCAUCAUCCUGGCCAUGGUGAUCGUCGUCUUCGGCGUGGCCCUCUUCAUUCAAAACAGGCGAAGGUUCAACGUGGAGGUGGCCGACUUUGACUUUGGCCAGAGCAACGACGAGCUGCAGUAUAAGACGUUUUUGGGGCGGUUGAGGGAGGCGUUCAUGGACGCCGUCCACCCCAACCGGGACCACCGAGACCCCCUGAUCGAACCGGCGGCCUCGGGCAGGAACCGGCCCAUCUGGCGAAGGGGCGACAGCGCCGACAACGCCGCCGACGAAAUCGCCGAGUGAAGAUGAUUUUGGUCUGUGAUUGAAUUCGUGCGUGCGUUUCGGAUCAAUUGACUUUUACGACUGAGUUUGCAAGUGAAAUCCAUAUUUUUUUUUCUUCAGUUACAGGCAAUGGAAAAAGAGACUGCUUUUUACGUUUCUUUUGGAAUGGGAGAAAGAGACAGGAUAAAUAAAAUAUAAGUGAUUGUAAUUGCACUUUUUCGAAGAGAAUUUUAUUGUUAUGGAUAAGGCUGGAGUAUGUGGAGAAAAUAUGGGUGAUCGUGAAAAAUAAUCAUUAAUAUUAUCUGAAAAAAGUCACUUUUAUUCCAAUAAUCCUGAUAAUUGGUAUCAUUUUAAUUGGAUAAAAUUUCAACAUGAAUCUUUGAGAUCGCGUAAAAUUGAUUAUUUUCAUUCAUCCCUUAAGCUGACAAACGAAACACCAAAAUUCUAUCAAAAAAUUUCAAUAAAGUCAAAAAAUGCA